CGUUCCAUUCCACCAUUGAUUUCUCUUUUGUUCUCUUCUUUCUUUCUCUAGAAGACGAGCAAACCAUCUCCAUUGGUGUUCCAAAUUCCAAACCCCGACCCCGAGGCAAAGGAAAGGCACCGCACCCGGCACCCACCUCGAUCCUUCGCUACAAAUCGCCCAAGGAUCCCACGCCCUGCUCGAUCCCCCACCCCGAACCCAUCAACCGUCCGCCAUGAUCCAGCUCCUCUUCACCGUGCUGGCCGCGGAGGCCGGCCUGGCCACCGUGCUGCUCUUCAAGACGCCGCUGCGGAAGCUGGCGAUGCUCGCGCUCGACCGCCUCAAGCGCGGGCGAGGCCCCGUCAUGGUGCGCACCGUCGCCGCCACCGUCCUCGUCGUGCUCGCGUCCAGCCUCCACAGCAUGGCCAAGAUCCACGGCCACGCCGGCGCCGGCGAGCUCGACGCACCCGGGGCGCUCACCCCCACCGACCAGGUCCUCCUCGCCCGCCACAUGCUCGAGGCAUCCCUCAUGGGAUACUCCUUAUUCCUUGCUCUCGUCAUUGACCGGCUGCACAACUACAUCAGAGAAAUGCGCGGGCUAAAGAAGAACCUGGAAGCUGUGUCUAAGCAGAACAAGUCAUUACAAGAAGCAAAGUUUGGAAGCUCUGAUGAUGAUGAGAGCAAGCCACACCAGAAAGAUAUUGCUUCGCUGAAUGAGGAGAUUAAGAAGCUGAAGCUGAAACUGAAAGAAAAGAAGGGGGAGGUCAAGGAUGCAGAGGCCAAAGCCCUAGCUGCCAAAACACAUUCGGAAGGUCUAACGCUCAAGUAUGACCGCCUGCUGGAGGACAACAAGCAUCUCCUUGACCAGGUGCAGUCAGGAGACAUCGCGGUGUCGGGCAAGAAAAAUACUUGACGAUGAGGUUGUUCUUGAGAAACUCCGGGAAGCCUGAAGAGAACUGAUACAUGAAUAGGACGUCAGUUAGUGAUAAUCCACCUGAGUAGUACCAUCUUUACAUAAAUGCUCUGGUGUAGUGGUGCUUGCUGGGUAUCAUAACUAAAAAUAUCGCUCAACCUCUUACAAACAUCUGAGUAGCUGCCGAUUGUUCAUCUGUACAUAUCUGAUGGGUCUAGAUGUUCGACUGAAUGUCUGGUCAAAGUCGUAGCUAGAACAUUAACUGCCUUGUCUCAGACAAAAUUGGCUGCUGAUCAUUGAACUCUAGUUAUGUUACCAUGAGCCCGUCGAAACAUAAAGAAAUGGUCAUUGAUCUC